CACUUCCUCGUUUUUUGUUUGUUGCUUGAUAAAAAUAACAAUAAAAUGGUUAAAAGACUGCACCAAAAAAUUAUCAGCUCUAAACAUAACCCAGAUGUCAGGUGGCUGCAAACGAAACGCGUUCUUGGCACCGAAAGCAUAGUUUCAAGCCUUCAUGCAGACUUAGAACGAAGCCCACCGGAGAGCAUCCAUAACUACUCCAAGCAUUGUUGGGUAGCUUGGUGGCUGGUUUGAAAGUGUCCAACUUCUUUCCUAUCUCCUAUCUCAUACAGCUUUGCAAAGUUUAAAACAAUAUAAAUACUGACCAGUAAUCCACUCUUUUUUAGAGA